UUGGAUGUUAGUAGUUUGUGAGUUUGAAAAUGGAAAGGCUUUCGUGCCUUCUGUUGUUUAUUUUGGUGUUCCCAAACUUGGUUAAAUUAGAGUUACCACGAUAUUUGCAUGCAAAAUAUGGCAUGAGUSCGUCGCCCAGUCCUCACUCUGUCAAAAGCGGUGUGAAGACCAAGACGAAAACCGCCCCCGCCCGCCCCCCGGACUUUGGCUCGAAAUUCCGCGGAGGAUGCGAUUCCGAACCCCCCAAACCUCAAAAUGCAGGAAUUCGUUGCUCGCAAUACAGCGGUUGUCGCGCUGAUUGCGAAAAUCUUUAUCAAUUUCCUAACGGCGCCACACAACUAUUUAUCACAUGCGAAAAUGGCCGGUGGAUAAUCGAGGGAGGAAUGUGGCCAUAUGUGCCUUCCUGUCAACCGAUUUGCGCCCCUCCAUGCCAGAAUAAUGGCAUUUGUGUGGCACCAAAUCAGUGCCAAUGCCCGGAAAAUUUCUCAGGACCGUACUGCGAAUACGAGGAGAGGCCCUGCAUGAAUUAUCCAGUACUGCCCACAAACUCGCGCCGCUCCUGCUCACACAAGACAUGUACCGUGUCGUGUUUACACGGCCACCAAUUCCCGGAUGGUUCAGCCAUUGCAACCAUUUCAUGCAAAAACGGUUUUUGGGUCCCCGAUAAAGACAAGUGGAAACAAUUACCCGACUGCGAACCUACUUGUAAUCCGCCAUGUCUAAAUGGGGGCAACUGUCUUUCGUUCAAUCGGUGCCAAUGUCCACAAGACUUUCGAGGGCCCCAAUGCCAGUACAGGACUGAUAAUUGUGACCCUCACAAACUCCUGUUUAAUGGGGGCUAUAACUGCUCCGGGGACCAAACAAGUUUCAGUUGCUCCUUGCACUGUCCUGAAGGAAUGAAUUUUGACUCAACCCCUUCAUAUCUUUAUUCUUGUUUGUACGAAGAAGCCACGUUUAAGCCACAACCAAUCCCCCAAUGCAUUUUUCCCGAUGGUGUUUCAGGAACAAUACGACAAACCUCCUCACACAAUUAUUACCAAGUGUCAAAUCAUUCAGGCUUCAAUUUAAAAAGUCUUUCAGUAAAUGGCUUACCUGAUGUUUCUUAUAUUCCAGCGGGUCAAAGAUGGCACUCAUAUGAUCUUGGAAUGUCAGGAAAACAGUAUUAUGACACUUCCAAUGAACUUAAAUUUGCAACAGUUAGUCCCUACAACCAACAAGCAAACCUAAUUUUUGUCCAAGAAAAAUUACCAGAACCUGGGAUUUGCGUGACUUGGCAAGGCACUCAUUAUAAAACAUUUGACGGAAAAGUCUUCAGUUUUGACUCGAAAUGUGCUCACACUCUUGUGCAAGACUCCACAGAUAACACUUUUAGCGUCGUUGUCCAAAAUGACCCACAGUGUUAUCAAAAUCCUUUAGAUUGUUUCAGAAUCAUUCGAAUUUAUUUUGAUAAGAAAGAGUAUAUUUUGCGGAGGUCGGCCGAAGGCCCUAUUUUCGGCACCUCGAAAAAACGGCUCCCGAUCCCUGGACAACUCCCGGGAUUACGAAUUGAAAUGUCUGCUCAUUACAUUAUUGUGUCCUUGGAUGCCGUUGGUUCAAAAAUAAAGUGGGAUGGCAUGCAAUUGGUCCAAGUUGAAGUCUCGGAAAGCCUCUGGAACCGCACUCAAGGCUUAUGUGGCACCAUUGACGGCGAUGUCUCCAACGAUUUGAUUAAUAAAAAUGGCCACAAACCGCAAACAAUCUCAAAUUUUGCCUCAAGUUGGAAAAUAGAGAGUUUGGAAGAAGAGUGUAACGACGUUCCCUCAGAAGAACACACUUGUGUGGAUAACGGAAUUGAGGGUUCCAAGAGUCAYCAAGCUACYCUCUUUUGCAAGAAAUUGUUAAAUGACCAAAGGUUUACCCCCUGYCACGGAGUUGUGGAYRUUAACCUUCUUCUGGAAGCCUGUCGGUGGGACUUUUGCGGGUGCAAAAAUCAGGACCCUUCAGUCUGUGCUUGCGAAACUAUGAAUGUCUAUGUGAGGGCUUGCGCCUACAAGGGGGUCAACAAUUUGGCAACGUGGAGGGAUGAAAACACUUGUCCUAUGCAAUGCACUGGAGGCAAAAUCUACAAACCUUGCGCCCCCCUGACCGGCCAACCCGUCUGCGGGUCCACAUCCGAGCACGAAGACGACAAAGAGGGUUGCGUUGAAGGGUGUUACUGCCCCCCUGGAACAGUAUUGCAUGAAAACAAGUGUAUAACUCGCGACAAGUGCCCUUGUCGACUCCGCACCAAACURUUCCCCCCAGGAGCUGAAGUUCCCAAAGAGUGCAAUACUUGCACUUGCAGCGAAGGCAAAUGGGUUUGCACCCAGUUGUCUUGCGGUUCCAGAUGUGCAGCAGUUGGUGAYCCCCAUUAUGUCACUUUUGACGGCAAAAGAUAUGAUUUUAUGGGGCAGUGUUCUUACUAUUUGGUCAAGACUGARUCUUUUUCGAUCGAAGCGGAAAAUGUUGCAUGUUCUGGGGCUAUUUCGCAGGCRAUGAAUUUGCCAGCUUCCCUGGCAGAAGGGUUGCCUUCGUGUACUAAAACCGUGACUUUGAGGGUUGAAGGUCAGGUUAUUAAACUCAAACAAAACCAUGAUMUUGUUGUAAAUGGGCAAGACGUGACGAGGAUUCCCUACCAAAUCGGAAAUGUUACGAUUAGGAGUGUUUCGUCGAUAUUUUUGCAAGUUGAGCUCCCAAGUGGUGUGCAGGUUUGGUGGGACGGCGUUACCCGUGCCUACAUCGACAUUCCUGCCAACUUCCGGGAAAAAACCAAAGGCCUCUGUGGCACUUUUAACCACAACCAAAAAGACGAUUUUCUCACCCCUGAAAACGAUAUCGAACAAAGUGUCAUCCCAUUCGCCAAUAAAUGGAAAACGAGUGAAAAAUGUAACGACAUCCCUGAUAUCCUCAAAUCCCACCCUUGCAGUUCCAAUAUUCACAACCAGCCAACGGCCGAAAAGCACUGCCAAAAGCUCAAAUCCGAAUUUUUUGCUCCUUGUCAUUGGAUUGUCGACCCCGAGCCUUACUACCAGGACUGUCUCUAUGAUAUGUGUUCUUGUGAGUUCAAAAUUGCGAAAUGUUUGUGCCCUACUGUGGCGGCCUAUGCUGAGGAGUGCUCGAGACAAGGGGUAAAAAUAUCGUGGAGGGACAGUGUGAGGGAAUGUGGAGUGCAUUGUCCAGCAGGACAAAAGUACCAAGUUUGCGGGAAUUCGUGCACAAGGACGUGUUUUGAUGUAGCCACAAGGCCGGACUGUAAGCCCCAGUGCGUGGAGGGAUGCAACUGCCCCGAGGGCGAAGCCCUAGACGACGAUGGGGAAUGUGUGCCAAUUGGGGAGUGCAAAUGCCACUACGACGGCCUCCAAUUUCACGCUGGCUACAAGGAAGUCAGGCCUGCCAGCAAAGGACCCGAGCUUUGUACUUGCAUAAAUGCUAUGUGGAGCUGCCGACUUGCAACCCCCGAAGAACAGAAAAAAUUUCCCAAAGCGACAGACCUAAAAUCUCUUUGUAGUUCCUCCCAAAACAUGGAAUUUACAACUUGCGAACCUCCAGAGCCGAUUACUUGUAAAAAUAUGCACAGUCCGGACUUCUACACGGCUUCAGUGUGUCAUCCAGGGUGUAAAUGUAAAGAUGAUUAUGUGUUAGACACAACGACGAAGAAGUGUGUCAAGCCGUCGGAAUGUCCGUGUCAUCAUGGGGGAAAAAGUUACAAGGAGGAUGAAAUAGUCAAAAACGACUGCAAUACUUGUAAAUGCCAAAACGGGAAGUGGGAGUGUACAGACCGGCCCUGUGCUGGCGAAUGCAGCGCCUGGGGGGACUCACAUUUUCAGACUUUCGAUGGAAAACACUACGAUUUUCAAGGGCAGUGCGAUUAUGUGAUGAGUAAGGGGGUUAUUGGCAGCGAUUCAUAUGAAAUUUCGAUACAGAACGUUCCUUGUGGCUCCCUCGGCACCAGUUGCUCCAAAUCGGUCACAAUCCGGGUGAAAUCAGGUGAAGACCAGGACGUCCUCACUCUAACCCGUGACAAGACCUUACCCGAUUUCGCCUCCAUGAAACACCUAACAGUCCGCGAGAAAGGCCUCUUCGUCAUAAUCGAAGCCCCAGAUUUAGGACUUACAGUCAAAUGGGACAAAGGGACACGAGUAUACGUCAAAARUGACCCUCGCUGGAAAGACAGAGUGAGGGGCUUGUGUGGCAAUUACAACGACAACGACGCUGACGACUUCCAAACACCUUCAGGAGGUUURACUGAAGCGUCAGCAAAGAUUUUCGGGGAUUCGUGGAAACUCCAGUCUUACUGCCCUGAAGCUUUGGAAAUUMYAAACACUUGUGAGGAUCGACCAGACCGAAAAGUGUGGGCUUUGAAACAAUGCGGGGUUUUAAAAUCGCCCCUUUUUGCCCCCUGUCACUCCGAAGUCCCAGUUGAUAUAUUUUUGGAAAAGUGCGUUUUUGAUUCAUGUGCGUGUGACCAAGGGGGUGAUUGUGAGUGUUUAUGUACGGCAUUGGCAGCUUACGCCCAAGAAUGUAACACUCAUGGAGUUCCAAUCAAGUGGAGAUCACAAAAAUUGUGUCCAAUGCAAUGUGACACACGCUGCUCCAAUUAUAACCCCUGUGUCUCAACGUGCCCCACUGAAACCUGCAAUAAUCUCCUAACCCAAUCCCAAUUGGGUAAAAAUUGUAAAGAGGAGACUUGUGUCGAGGGUUGUGAGCCCAAACCUUGCCCUCCUGAUCACAUUUAUCUCAAUUCAUCGAUGUUUGAAUGCGUUCCUCGAAAUGUUUGCAAACCUCUUUGUUUGGAAAUAGACGGAGUGACCUAUUUUGAAGGAGAUUUAGUCGAAGGGGAUGAAUGUUAUAGUUGUUUUUGCUCCCGAGGACAGAAAGUGUGCAAGGGGCAGCCUUGUUCGACUACACCAUUACCAACAACGCACCAGUUGGAGCAAAAUAUGAAAUGUGAGUCUGGAUGGAGCCAAUGGAUAAAUCAGGAUAAAGUCAAGCCGACUAAAACAGGACUAAGGAAGAAACAAACUGAUUACGAACCUCUUCCAACACUCCUACUUUUGAAUAAUUUGCAAGGUGGUAAGUGUAGUCAAGACAAAAUGGUUGGUAUUGAAUGUAGAACUGUCAAAACUCAUCUUUCUCCUAAACAAACCGGUCUUGAUGUUGAAUGUAGUCUUGAAAAAGGCCUAAUUUGUAAAUCUUUAUCUAAGGGAAAAUUAUGUCAAGAUUUCGAAAUCCGUAUCCUCUGUCAAUGCGACGAGGCAACCACAACUAUUGUUACACCUUGUGAUCCGGUGAAACCCCAUAAAGAACACCCAACCAAUUGCCAUAUUUUCUACCAUUGUGAGGAUGGUCCCAAUGGUCCUAAAUAUGUGGAAAAGACAUGUGGGCCUAGCAUGUAUUAUAAUCCUGUAACGAUGAUUUGUGAUUGGCCUUACGCUGUUGAGGAGAUCAAACCGGAGUGUAAACAACCGGAAACUGUGGUUACGGAAGUGGAACCGGAAGCAGAAGUAGAAACUCCGGAACAUAACAGACACCAGAUUGAGUCGAUGCAACUGCUACCGUCAAUUKCCGUUAAAAAAUGUCCCCUUGACAGUCAAGAACACGAAUGUGCCAUACAAUGUGACCAUCUGUGUCUUUACUACUCUCACAUAAUAAAAACAAGCGGAAAAUGCGAAAACGGCGAAAAAUGUGAACCUGGAUGUGUAAGAACUGACAAAAAUGUAACAUGCCCUCCGGGCAUGUUUUGGUCAAAUGAGGACACUUGUGUGGCUUUGGAGGAUUGUUUAUGUCGAUCAAAUGACGGAAAACCGGUCAAACCUGGAACUGUCUACAGAGAGUCCGAUUGUCGCGUAUGUCAAUGUAUCAACAAUUACUACACUUGCGACGAAUCAGAAUGUAAAGAAGAGGAGCAAGACAAAGACUUGCUAGAAUCACAAGUUACAGAUUAUAAAGGMAAGGAAGUUAAAAUAACAACUGGUGUAACUGUUCUACCUCUGGUGCCAAGCACAGUAACACCACCCGAAAAAUGCGACGAGGACCACUUCAUUGAUUUAAUCCAAGGCGAUCAACCCCUUCCAAAUGUUAUAUUCAACGCUAGUAGUGUCCUAAGCUCGGCUUUUAAACCCGAAUUUGCCAAAUUUAAUAGCAAAGUGGGGACUAAAAGUGGCGGAAGCUGGGUCCCAGAAUACUCAAACAAUUUGCAAUAUUUGGAAAUUAAUUUGGGGCAGCAAGAACCGGUCUAUGGGGUCAAAAUAAAAGGAAGUCCACUGUAUGAUGAGUACGUUACAAGUUACAAAAUGACGUAUAGUCCCGACUCGAGUGGGAGUUUUUUCCCGGUUUUGAACAAAGAUCGAUUACCUCAGAUAUUCAGAGGCUCGAUUGAUGCUACCACUCCAGUUCAGGAAUUGUUCGAUAUACCAUUUGAAGCCCAAAUUGUGAGAAUUCAUCCUGAAACGUGGCACAUAGGAAUAGCCCUAAGGGUUGAAUUGAUUGGGUGUGGGGAGCCUUUAACUACUACUGUUCUCUACGAGUUCAUCACGAUUCAUGCUGCAACUUCUCCCAAACCCCAAAUGUGUGACGAUCCCAUGGGAUUAGAUAACGAGAUGAUGUCACAUCGUCAAGUUUCCGUAAGCUCAGAAUUAGAUAACAAUCACACUAAAUCAAAUCUUAAGAUAAAUGGUGAUGAUGUAUGGCAACCUUUAACCAACUCGAUGACGGAAUUUGUUCAAUUGGAUUUCUUGGAACCACGGAAUGUGACAGGUGUUGAGACGAAAGGAGGUCCUAAUGGUUGGGUGACAGCUUACACUGUUCAAUAUUCACAAGACAAUAAAGCUUGGAACCCAAUUUUGGAUAAGAAGACGAUGAAAGAGAAAAUAUUCCUGGGGAAUUAUGAUUCUAACACUCCACAAAUCAACAAUUUUGAAUUACCAAUUAAUGCAAGAUACGUUAAAAUAGUCCCGAAGAAGUGGAACGAGAAUAUACAGAUGAGGGUUGAGAUGCAUGGUUGUUUUGAACCCUAUCCCCCCCUCCCAGAAGAACCCUCGACCGUCAUCCCCCCGACUUGCAACCACUGCCCUGGGGUGACCACCGAACCUCUCGAACUCCACGCUUGUCGAUGCAAACCAGAAAAAUGGUGGGAUGGCGAAAACUGCGUCUCGAAAACAGAAUGUCCUUGCAUCAUCGGCCACAUUUCUUAUCCGGUAGGAACUUCAUACAAAAAGGAGGAUUGUUCGGAAUGUCUCUGCAAGAUUGGCGGUGUGCCCCACUGUACCCCCAAACAAUGCGAAACUUGCGAAAAGGGACUCCGAAGUACGGUCACUUCGACUUGCAAAUGCACUUGUCAACCAUGCCCUGACGGUACGGUUUUGUGCCCCACAAGCAGCGUUUGCAUUAACGCGACUUUGUGGUGCAACGGGGUGCAAGAUUGUCCCGAUGAUGAAGUUGGCUGUCCAACAACUAUCACCGAGAUUCUAAGAACGACAACGGCAAAACCCACUACUGUGGUUACUCAAAAACCUGUAGUUAAAUGUCCAGUACUUGAGUGUCCCACAGGGUUCAAAAGACACGUCAAAAGGCCGACUAAAGGUCGCAAGUACCAAUCAUCAAUGUUUUCGAAUUAUCAUCAAAAUUUUCAAAAAACAUCCUAUAAAAGUCAUGCCGGAGUCAAGAGUGGAGUCAAGACGACUUAUCGGAAAACACCCCUUAAAAAACCAAUUCGGCCACAAAACCAAAACAAUUGUACCGAAUACGUGUGUGUUUCAGCAAAGCCGGCCCCCAAAUACAUGCAUUCGAAAAAAGAAUGCCCUCCUGCGAUAUGCCCAGAAGGCUAUAUCCCAUUUUUCGGAAAUGAAGAUUUUGUUAUGAAUCAAUGCCCCGAAUACACAUGUGAGCUAGCACCGAAACCGGACGCCGUUUGUAACGUUACAGGCCGCACUUUUAACACUUUUGACAACACUGAGUACAAGUAUGAUGUUUGUAACCAUAUCCUGGCUCGAGAUUUGGAAAAUGACGAGUGGGAAGUGACUCUUCGAAAAAAUUGUGUUGAAAAGUGUUGGAGGGACCUCAUUAUCCAACACCAAGAUCAUUUAUUCGUGCUACAUCCUAAUCUCACAGCUGAAUACGACGGUUUUUCGUAUACUGUCGAACAGACGAAAAAAAUCGGCUCUAACACAAAAUCAUUUGCUUUGUCUCGUCUCGGCAAUACUAUUCUUUUUGUGUCAAAUAAGUACGGCUUUUGGGUCAUUUGGGAUAAAGAAGGGAAUGUCAAAUUGGGGGUUACGAGAAAAUUGGUCGAUAAAGUUGAUGGUCUUUGUGGUUAUUUCAAUGAGGAUUCCUCUGAUGAUAAGAAAAAACCUGAUGGUAGUUUAUCCCGGACCACUGUCGAUUUUGGGGAUAGUUGGGCACAUGUUGAUCAAUUCCAAAGUUGCGAGCCUCAAACUUGCCCUCUCCACCUCCAAAAGAAGGCUUGGGAGAUUUGUCAAGUCAAGGAACUAGUGUUAGAACCUUGCACUCGCGUUGUCGAUAAAGACUCCUUCAUUUCCCGCUGCGUUGAAACCACCUGUGACUGUCUCCAAGCCUCAGGAAGCAACAACACAGCUUCAGAGCAAUGUCGAUGCCACUCUCUUGAAAAUUUCGUCGUUGAAUGUUUGACCAGAAAUCCAAACCUUGAUAUAUCCGACUGGAGGACUCUUCUGGAUUGUCCGGCGACUUGUGAAGCCCCUCUGGUUUACCACGACUGUUACCAACGCAAAUGCGAGCCGACUUGUGAAUCCCUGUCAAAUCCCGAAUUGGCAUGCCCAAAACUGCCCAGUGUGUGCUUCCCUGGUUGUUAUUGCCCUUCAGGGAUGGUCAAAAAGGGGGAUACUUGCAUCAGUCCCUCCAAUUGCAGAGAUUGCGAAUGUAAUGUCCUCCCACACCUCCAAUACGUUACUUACGAUGAAAGAAAUUUCACCAUCAAUGCGAAUUGUGUCUAUGUGAUGUCACGGGAUGUCGCUGGUGAUAGUGACAAUCACAAGUUUCAAGUUUUGAUCACUAAUGCUCCUUGCAAGAAUAAUGAGGAAAAGACGUGUGUUGGCAAAGUCACGAUUUUGUACCAAGGACACAAAAUCCACAUUCUCAACGAUAUGAUACGAAAUAAAUUGAAAUUGAUCGUCGAUGGUGAAAAAAUUGAUGACUUCAGUGAAAUCACUUGGGGUCAAAUCAGGGAAACUUCAAGUAAACAUUUCAAGAUUCAUUUGGUCGAAGUUCAAAUCGAAGUAUCAGUCUAUUAUCCGUCUCUGGGGGUGUCAGUCAAAGCCCCCUCCACCAAAUAUGGAGGCAAACUCGAAGGUUUGUGUGGUGAUUGUGACCACAACCCUCUUGAUGAUUUUAAAACCCCUUCUGGAGCCAUAACUAAUGACACAAAUGACUUUGCCCUAAGCUGGCUCUACGAUAAACUCCCGGGAGGACAAUCAAGAGAAAUGUGUCAAAACAAACCGGACGAUUGCCCUCCAUUGCCCAAAGAGCAAGAUCCUUGUAACAUCAUUCUGGACUAUAAGACUUUCGGGCAAUGUUUACGUGUUUUGGACCCGAGUCUUUUCCUCGAAUGGUGCCAAAAAGACACUUGUGACAACCACCCCGAACUCGCUUGUAGUGCCAUCGAAGCCUACGCUCGGGAUUGUGCAAGUGCUGGUUUUUGUAUUGACUGGAGGACCGACAUUUGUCCCAAAACGUGCCCUUCGGAUAAAAUUUACAACCCUUGUGGGAGUAAAUGUCCGAAAACCUGCGAAAGUGUGAAGGAGAAAGAAAAAGGGUGCUCGAGUUUACCAGUUGAAGGCUGUUUCUGUCCCGAAGGAUUGGUCCUGAGGAAUGACACAUGUGUGGAGGAGAAAGAUUGUGAAGUUUGUGAUGAUGAAGGCCACCAUCCGGGCGACACUUGGAAGAAGGAUAAAUGUACAAGUUGUACCUGUGAAGGUACUUCGAUCAAGUGUGAGAAGGAGCAUUGCUCCAGUGAUAAAAUUUGUGAGCAAGGGUUCCAAGUUGUGAAAAUUUCGGGGAAAGAGGAUGAGUGUUGUGAUAAAUACGCAUGUGUGCCAGAACCCACUUCCGGCCCCACCUGUGAGCCCCCUCAGGUCAUUUCCUGCGGCCUGGGUCAAGUAAUGAAACUCUCAACAAAACCAAACGGUUGUCAACAAUUCAUCUGCGAAUGCAAACCAGUCGAAGAGUGCGAACCGAUAAACCAAGCGAUUGAAUUCCCCCUUGACGAUGGUUACGUCAGAACAAUCGACCAUAGUGGUUGUUGCCCCGAACUAAAAAUAAUUUGCAAGAAAGACACUUGUCCUAAACCGAAAGAAUGUCCCCAAUAUCACACUCUCAAGAAUGAAACCGGCAAGUGUUGUCCUUUAUACACUUGCGAACCCCCGAAAAAUAAAUGCAUCUUCGAUUACGAAUUCACUGCGGAUGAAAAAGGGGGCGAAAGGCCGCGAACUGCGAUCGAGAAACAGAAAGUUUUGAAAAAUGCUAACGAGACUUGGGAGGACGGACCCUGUCGUAGUUGCAAAUGUUUGCAGACAAGUAUUGGAAAUUAUCAACCGAGUUGUACCCAAACUGAUUGCUCGGCUAUUGAAAUAUCGCAGGAUUACCUCGAUUAUGAGCUAGAACCGGAGUUUAUCUACGACCAGUGUUGCCCAAAUAUCAAACGAGUGGCGUGCAAACAUGGGGAAAAAGUGUACAAAGUUGGCGAAAAGUGGACUCUUGAGGACGAUUUUUGCACGGUUUAUGAGUGUGUGAAUGGCACUUCAGGGGUUCAGAAGGAGACACAAAUCAAAAAUUGCGAUACCGAUUGCGAGUUAGGGUUCGAAUAUGUCCCGGCAACGCCGCAAUCGAAGCAAUGUUGCGGUUCUUGUAAGCCGUUUGCGUGCGUUGUUGAAGGGGAAGUACACAAAAUUGGGACUGAGUGGAACUCGAGCGAUUUCUGCACGAAAUUUUCGUGCCUCAAUACCAAUGGCUCGAUUCAAGUACAGUCAACCAAAGUUACAUGUCCGGAGUUACCCAACGAUUAUGUUGAUAAUUUUGUUGUCGAAACAAUUCCGGUGAAGGAUGAGUGUUGCAAGAAACACAAAACGACGGCUUGUAAAGUCGAGGGGAAGGUCUAUAAUGUAGGAGAAACUUGGCCGUCGCCUGAUGGUGAUAAGUGCAAAAAAAUAACAUGUGUUAGGAAUAAGAAAGGGGAAAUUAUGAAGCAGGAGUCGGUGGAGACGUGCAAAACCAAUUGCUCGAAGGGUUGGGAAUAUAAAGAGUCUGAAUCUUCCUGUUGCGGUGAAUGUGUCCGUGUUGCUUGUGUGGUUGACGAAAAAUUGAAAAAACCGGGCGAAAAUUGGACUUCCCCCGAUAAUUGUACGACUUACAUUUGCGAGCAAUUCGGCGAUGAAUUUAUCGUUUCAAGUCAACAAGAAUCGUGUCCAUCGCUUGAAGACUGUCCCAAGGAAAAUAUUUACGUCAAGGGUUGUUGUAAACAUUGUAACAUUACAUCAGGAUCUCAGCAGCAAUGCAGCGCUGAGGCAAUUCCACUCAACAAAACUAUUUCGUUGAUAAGCGCUCACAGAACCGACCACGGAAAAUGCGUAAACAAGAAACACAUUCACAAAUUCACCGAAUGUGUGGGAAGUUGCCACUCUGCCACCUUUUUCGACACAAAGAAAGGUUCACACGAAAGCGUCUGUUCUUGUUGUCAAGCGACUGAUUAUAAAUCAAUUGAAGUGGAGUUAGAAUGUGAAGAUGGGUACACUUGGAAGAAAAAAGUAGCAGUACCAUCAGAAUGUGGUUGUGAGGGUUGUGCCGCUGCACAGAAAUCCGUAAAACAUAAGAAAACUUCGUUUGUUAAAUCGUAAUUGGCUUUAUUGAAAUGAUUUAUUUUUGUACGUUUUUUCACUUAUUUUAAUAAAAUGCAAUGAAGGA